AUGUCCAGUGACGACGAAGAAAAGUAUGUGCCAGCUGCUCUCGCUAACGGUGAAAAAAAGGUAAGUUACCUAACAAUCAGAAUAAUUUGUCUUCUUACGUUAGAUAUAUCUGACAUUUUAAGGAAGUGACACCUGAUGUUAUCGAAGAGUUUUACAAACCUGAUUCCGCCGCAUCGACAAGCCGAGUACAUUCAACUGCAAAGCCUCCACCUCCGGCGAAUCCAAAUCUCAAACAAGGUCCUCCACAACAUCCAAGAAUUCAACAUCGACCAAAUCCAUUGAUGUAUCCUCCAUCAGUUUUGAUUCGUCCAACUCAUCCAUCAAUGUUAUAUCAAAGAACACCAAUCAAUUAUCAAUUACCAUUUCCAGUUGCUGGUGUUCCACGUGCUCCAAUGGUUCAACCAUAUCAUAAUAUGCGUCCAUCUUCAAUGGUUCCAAUGUGGCCAGGUUAUCUAAUGAUGCCUGUUCCACACACUUAUUAUCCUGGAAUGGUGAGUAAUUUGUUUUUAACUUUAGUAUUUUGAUAAUUUCCAGCCUCACAUGUUACCUGUGGCUGUUCGACAGCAGCCACCACCGCCCCAACAAGCACAACCUCGAGUUCCACCUCCUCUUCAACGUUCUUUAUCUCCUGAAAUCAACGUUGAUGUUAUUUCCGAAAUCUCCUCGCAAGACGAAGAAAAAAUAAAUGUUCCGUUCAAAAAACGGUGAUUUUCAACUUGAUUCAAUUUUCAAAAAAAAAAGAAAAUAUUUUCAGAAGAGUUAUUCGCGAAGGAGAUUUGGAUGGAGAACAAGAUGAAGAACCGAGAAAACUUGAGCUCAGAGUAAGUUGUCAUUUGACAUUUUCAAACAAUGCAUGUUAUUUAUUUUCAAGAGAGACAUAUUCGUGAUUCGUCUGAAAGAUUUGGAUUCGUUUAAUAGGAAUAAUGAGAUUUGGCGAGUUGACAACAAUGUGCUCAUUCAAAAAUUUACUGGUGUUCCUUCUUUCCGUGCACCGGCUAAACAAUUUCAAUCGACAAAUCGAAUGUGUGGAUAUGAUCGACGUGCCGAUUGGAGAUUUUAUAUUAUUGAUCCAAAUGAUGUGGAAUAUGAUAGACAUAGUCAUGAAGUAAGUAUUUACUUGGAGUUGAACUUUGUAAAUGUGAAGAUUUUCAGAUAACAGUUCAUAAAUUUCCAUCUGCUGCAAUAUUGCGCGAAGCGAAACUUGCUGCUGAAAAACAAGAUGAAACUUUUGUAGGUUUUUUUUCAUCUGAGAAAUGUUUUCAAAUAGUAUUUUUAGAAAGACACUGAAAUGACUGAAUAUCGCGAAAAACUUCUUGCAAUGGAAAAGAAGAAAGAGGAAAGAAAAACUGAGAAAAUGCGCAAAAAAAUUGAACGAAUUCAAAAAAGAUUGGAAAGAAAUCGACUAAAAGUGGACAGAAUUGGAAAUUCGGAAGAUUUUAAAACUGGAAGAGGACGAAGAAAAAUGGCAGAAUAUAAAUGGCCUAAAAGAUUGAGUGACAAAAAUCAAGAGCAGCAAACAGAUAAUGAAGUUUGUCAAGAAGUUUUGGAUUUACUCGUUGAUGAAGUUUCUAUGAUGAUUGAUGAAUAUGAAAGUGAAGAAUCGGAAUAUUCAUAUGAUGAAGACGAAGAAGAUUUUGAUGGAUAUCGAUGUACUGAUGAUGAAUAUUAUGAACAAAAAGACGAACAUCUUCAUCUUCCAUUAUUCGAUUUGGAAAGCGUUCCGGAAGUUGGACUCGAAAUGACAAUUACAUCAUCAUCUCCAGUUUAUCGUUGA